AUGAGAGAAAUUAUUCAAAUACAAGCAGGGCAAUGCGGAAACCAAAUUGGAACAAAAUUUUGGGAAGUAAUUGCUGAUGAGCACGGUAUUGACGGCCGCGGAACGUACAGAGGUGGCAAUGAUUUGCAGAUGGAACGCAUAAAUGUAUUUUUUAACGAAUCGCACAAUGGAAGAUUUGUACCCCGUGCCGUUCUGGUAGAUUUAGAGCCUGGAACCAUGGACAGUAUCCGCGCCGGUCCUUUCGGAGAACUUUUUAGACCAGAUAAUUUUAUCUUCGGACAGUCGGGAGCUGGAAAUAACUGGGCUAAAGGAUUUUAUACGGAUGGAGCAUACCUGAUUCAAGAAGUUAUGGAUGUAAUCCGAAGAGACGUAGAAAGCUGCGAGUGCUUACAAGGUUUUCAGAUCGUACAUUCUUUAGGAGGAGGCACGGGUUCUGGUAUGGGAACCUUGUUGAUCAACAAAAUUCGUUCAGAAGGUUUACGUAUGAGUGCAACAUUUGUCGGAAACUCGACCAGUAUUCAAGAAGUAUUUAAAAGAGUAUCUGAUCAAUUCGCUUUAAUGUUUAAACGAAAAGCUUUUUUGCACUGGUAUCUUGGAGAAGGUAUGGAAGAAUUAGAGUUUACUGAAGCAGACAGCAAUUUGGCGGACUUGAUUGCCGAAUACGAUCAAUAUCAAGGCGCAACAGCUCAAGUGAUAAAUGAUAUUCAUGAUUUUUAA